CUGGGGAUGAACAGGUGAUGGAUUAAAAGAAAGCAAGUUUUCUGUGAAAUGUUUUUUGUUUGAUACCUUUACUUCGUUCUGUUAUGCAUGUAAUGAUUAGUAAAGUCUGUAUGUCAUCUAGCUUGGUGGAUUUGCUAUUUCAUGUUUGUAGGUGGUCUAUUAUCAAUAUCUCUGUUUUUAUUAACUUUCUUAUAUUCUGCUUGAAAUCAUUUCAUGGCUGUAUUGGAAAAAUUUACAUUAAUAAUCCCAACAAUUAGAGAUCUUCCCAUAUUAAUCCCAAGUAUGAGUUAUUCUAAUAUAAUCCAAAUUAUAGGGAAGGCCAUCCCAAAACAGUCCGUUGACCUGCAUGAACCCAUUCAGCAGGUCAUCCCUACACAUGGCAGUUUUUUACUGGCGUUUGUUUGUUUUCUUUAUUUCUGUUUUUUUUCUAUCCCUUUUUUCUUUCUUCUUCCUUGUUGCGCGACUCUAUCUUCCGCAUCCUUCUUCCCUGGUUCUUUUCUUCUCUUAUCUUUUCCACUUUAUUGUUUCCCUUCCUCUUUUUCUUCUUUGUCGCUGGUAAGCUUUGCAUUAACAGUUCAUGGUCGAAUUUCUUUUCAUUAUUUUUUGUCUUUUUUCUUUCAUCCCCUCCUUCAUGCCACCUAUAGAUUUCAACAAUGAAAUCGGAAAAUCGAAUUCGAAUUUCCCCUUACUUGAAUCGGAUCUGAAUUGGCUUCUAACAUGAGAGGGUCUACUUGAAUUUCACAUUUUUACAAAAUUUUCUUCUCCAUUUUUGUUUUCCUUCCUUUCCUUGGGGCUGGGGCGUGAAAGUGUGUUGGGUGAUAUGAGGAUGUCGGUCAGUCCAUGUUUCAGAGUCGUCGCCCGACAGACCCAACUGCUCUUCAUCGCCAACUGUCCAUCAUCUUAUCCGCUCUUCAUCUCCAUCCAUCUGUCCGUCUUAUUUGCUCUUCAUCGCCGUCAUCUGUCCGCUCAACCGUCUCCAUCCCCGG